AUGUCAUGUCAUGUCACGGCAAAGACGACCAACGUCUACGUCUGGGGCAGCAUCACGGCCACAGCAGCCUUGCUUGUCAGACAUGGCGGAUUCUUCCUCACCAACAUGGCGUCCGCCAGCCAGGCACAAGUCAUCACCACCAGAACUGAUGAAGUGCAUCUCGCACCACGCCGACAACUGUGCAUGCAGCUUAGAGCCAAAAUCGCAGGGCCGUCGUCGACCCGUUCUUUCCCUCAUGCCCUCCGCAAUGAUGGCGACUUGGACUGGCUUGUCCAGGUGACGGACGGGCUGCAUCACAGUCUGGCUCCUUUCCGUCGGCCGAAGCUGGCGAAUCCAGGAGCAGCGAGACCAUGA